AAGGACUGGUACGUACAAUUCGAUCCGCAAACAGCUCAGUGCCGCCUUGUGCGUGCUAGCUCUUGAUGCAUGCUAGCUGUAUUAAUUAAAUUCUGGCCGGCAUUCUAAGAUACCAAUGAUGCAUUAACUCUACCAAUGUUACUAGAUUCCUGAUCUCUUUCUUUCCUUCCCCACAUGAUUCUCUCAUGACUCUGUCAAAAUCUCUCAUGCCAUCUUUUCCUGAACUUCGAAUGUUAUAAAUAUAUAUGAUAUACGUACAGAUGCUGCAUGCACCAGAUCAUGGACGUUCUUGGAGCCGAGCAGUACUGAGCAGCGUGAGAUUUUCUUCAAGAGCAUCUCGAUCGGGCCGAGUACUGAUCUUUUAUUACAUCAAUGAAGAAACCAUCAAAACUGAGAAGCAUUUUAUUUAAGUUUCUAGUAGUACCGCAUGCAGCAUCUGCUAUAAAUUUCCAGUUCCAGACCCCAUCUCUUAGCCCUGCAAAAAUAUCUGCUGGUGCAGGCAGAUCAGGAUCCUCCGGAAGUACUAGUCCUUUCGUUUCCAUAAUCCCUCCAGAGGUUCGAAGAAAGAAGAAGAAUGGAAGCUUUGACGCACGAGAGCCCACCUCCCCAAAAGUCUCGUGCAUGGGCCAUGUCAAGAAGACGACGUCCAGCAAUCCUAAGCGCCGGGUUUCAUCACUUCCGCCACAACCACAAGCAUUAACCAUGCGCAACGUUUCUUGUACUCCGAACAAAGAGGGUAAGAUAAAAAAGAUGAUCAAGCAGCAAGAAGUUGUUAAGAUUGAUUGUUUCGUGGGACGAAAGCGAGGUGGGAAGCCCGAUGGCACCAGCUGCCCCGAAAAGCCAAGGGUUCCAGAACAGGUAGUACAGGCGCCACGGCCUUCUUUGGGUCAGAUAAAGCGGUUUUCAAGCGCUCGCCGUGCCCUUUCCAGCUUUGAUUGGAGAAAUAUUCAGGGUGCAGCGGUGGUUCCAGCCGAUUGCAAAGAAGAUCAAAGGAGACGAAGAGUCUGCCAAGAAAUUUUAGGAAAAUAA